AUGUCUAACAACUUAGAUUUCACAAAAAUAUGUCGAGCCUGCUUGACAGAUGUUGGCCCUAUGAGGGAUUUCUUCACCGUUUGUACUUCAGAAGUAUUUAAAUCCUGCACGUCUAUUGAGGUUUCUGAAUCAGAUUCACUACCAAAACAAGUAUGCGAGACGUGUCUGGAUAUGCUGAAUAAAUUCUAUUACUUCAGGCAAGUUGCAUUAAGGUCCAAUCUUGUGCUGCAACAACAAUGUCACAUGCAGGCACAGAUAAAAGAAGAGAAGCACCUUCAGGAGCCAGCUAAGAUUGAGGAAAUCACUCUGUUGGAACAUAGUGAAGUGACAGUAGAUGAUCUGGGCUUAGACGCCUUUGAUCAAGUUAUAACUGAGGAGGUUGCAGAGCAGAAACCUAGGAAACGAAGGAAAUACAUACGAGGUGGCAGAGAGAAACCACCGCCGAAGAGGCCGCGCAUGAAAUGCGUUAAAUGCGAAAAGAGUUUCCAGAAAUAUGAGAAUCUUGAAGCGCACAUGAGAAGUCACUUUGGGAAAAAGCCGGAUAUAAAAUGCGAGCACUGUGAUAAAACGUUCCUAACAUUCCGAAGUCUGAAUGCGCACGUACGCACCCACACCGGCGUGCGCAAGUACCAAUGUCAGACCUGCGGAAAACACUUCGCCUAUCUCAACGUGUUAAAGAAUCACGAGCUGAUCCAUGCUGGUAUAAAGAAACAUGCCUGUCAUAUGUGUGAUAUGAAGUUUGUGCAGGCUUAUAAUUUGAAGAUGCAUUUAGAAACCCAUAGCGCCCAAAAGAACUAUGGUUGUAUACAAUGUGGGAAAAAAUUCGCUCAGCCGGGCAACUUGAAAAUACAUCUCAUUCGACACACGGGCAUCAAAAAUAUCGCCUGCACAGUUUGUGAUAUGAAAUUUUAUGUCAAGAGCGAUCUAUACAAGCAUAUGCGAUCUCAUUCUGAAAGCAAGCCCUUCGGAUGCACCAUGUGCGACAAGACCUUCAAGAGCAAGAGCUUUCAGACAGUGCAUAUGAGGACUCACACAGGUGAGCGUCCAUAUGAAUGUGAUCUAUGUCCAAAGCGAUUCAUGGCGCGCAAAGACCUUCGCAAUCACCGAAUGAUCCACACUGGCGAGAAGCCUCAUAAAUGUCAAUUAUGCAACCAAGCGUUCAUACAAAAAUGCGCUCUAAACCGUCACAUGAAGGGCCAUGGGAAGGCUCAAGUGGGUCACGUGCCCCAUGUACCGCAUAUGCCCGAAGCACCUUUGGCGUUGUCGUAUGCGACUUGGCCGACGGAUGCUUGAUGUUUGUAGACAACUCAACUGCCAGCAAGCUGUGCGAUGAGUUAUUUGAAAGACUUUAGGAUUGUGUAGUGUUUUGUGGGAACAUUGAAAAGUGAAUGAAUCCUUUUAACAUUGUGCAGCAAUUUUACCAGAAUGUAAUGAAUAUGGAAAAGUUCUGGAGGAACAUUUACUUUGAAUGUACCAGAUAGAGGACGCCUAGUCUUUUGUGCACUGUAAUGUCAGUGCUUCACGAGUUUUUGGUUUUUAAAGAUUAUAUAAAAUCCGCCACUUUACGAAAGUUCAAACUUAACUUGUUGGCCUCUACAUACUUUGUGCAGGUAAUAUUUAUAGAAUGAUGAAGUAAGUGAGCUAUGC